UGUAUUAAAGGCGGAGGGCAACGUACAAUUUGAAAGCAACAUCCAUCAGUUCACCACAGCAUCACAUAUCCUUACUUUCUGUCCAUCUAUCAUGUCCAAUUCGCCCAAUGGCAGUGUUGAAAUCUUAGGUGUAAUCGCGAACCCGCUGACUGUGCUUAAAAAGACUAUAGACACUAUACAGGAAAUCAUCCCUGGGGCAGACGAUAACCUUAAGGAAAAGUUCCACUGGAUCAACUGUUCCCUCAAGAAUGUUACUCAAUUCAACUACACGGUUGUAGACAACUAUUUUUCCUCGGGCCGCUACUGGAAAGCACCCGAAGGCGAUAAACCGUUCUCUUCAGCGACGUUCUCUUGCUGCAAUGGCGAUGGUGCCAUCACAGGCACAACAGGGGGCACAGCGUUCAAUCUGUGGCUUGACUCUCAGCAAUCGUUCGAUUUUGCAGUGGGCUGGACGGACCCGCUCGUAGGCUCGGUGAAAGCUGGAGUCGUGGAAUCCGCCAAAGCCGAGGCCGGCUAUGAGGCGGCCUCCAGUGAAGGAGGGCAUAUUCAGUCCAAGAACCUCUACAUGGGAAAGGACGAGAAAGGCAACCCUGCGAAGUUCUAUAUUCAGGUCUCAGCUUCACCAGGCAAGGAUCCUAUGUCGUUUGUAGUACAGCAGGUUCCCUACGUGGCUGAGGAUGGCCAGGACAAGUACUAGUACAAGCUUACCUUAGGAGGGGUUGUACGAUCAUGUACACAAAGUGAAGCUGGGCAUUCAGGAAAAACAAUGGCUUAGUAAUUAGUGAU